AUGGUACCCACCGGUAGGGUACGAUCGUCUCUUAUGCCGAUCGUCAUCCCUUCCGUUUUGCUUGUUCUGCUUGCUGUGUUUGUGAGUGUGGCCGAAAGUUGCAGUAAAGUUCCGAUUGUCGAUGGAAGAACGAUCAGCACCGGGAAACUGCCGGGUGACAAUGGGUACCGGCUAGCUAUCCGGGACGAUCCAAAAGGAUACGAACCGGGCAAGAUCUAUAACCUAUUUAUCGUCGGAUCGCGCACACACGCCAAACUACAGCAAUUCACUCACUUUACACUCGUGGCACAUGCUCGCAAUGGCGGCAAGACGUACAUCGCCGGUCCACGCCGGGUUGGUCGGUUUCAGCUGUUCAGCGAUGCACUGACAAAGUUCCACGAUCAGUGCGUCAACACGGUAACGCAGGCUGACGACUUCCCGAAGUCAGAGGUGCAGGUGAUGUGGGUAGCACCACCGUCCGGUUCGGGAUGUGUCAGUAUCUCUGCCAUGGUGUACGAAAGCGACCAGCAGUGGUUUGCCGACGACGGUGCACUGACGAAGGUGUUGUGUGAACAGCAGCCAGUCCCACAUCUGCAGAAGGGAGAAUGUUGUGCCUGUGAUGAAGCAAAGUACAGUCUUACCUUUGAAGGCAUCUGGUCGAACGAGACGCAUCCGAAAGAUUACCCGUUUGCGAUCUGGUUGACACACUUUUCCGACGUUAUCGGUGCAUCGCACGAUACGAACUUUUCCUUCUGGGGCGAACAGCACAUUGCUACCGAUGGUUUCCGUAUGCUUGCCGAGUGGGGAUCGGUACGUCUGUUGGAGCAGGAAUUGCGAGCGAAAGGAUCACGCCUUCGCACGCUUAUCAAGGCGGCUGGAUUGUGGUAUCCGCGCGUUAACGCCAACACUACCUCGAACUUCCGUGUGGAUCGGAGGCAUCACAAGAUUUCACUCGCCUCCAUGUUUGGACCUUCGCCGGAUUGGGUUGUCGGUGUGAGUGGGCUGGAUCUAUGUCGAUCGGAUUGCACCUGGACGGAGACGUUGGACGUCGAUCUGUAUCCGUGGGAUGCUGGCACGGACAGUGGCAUUAGCUAUAUGUCGGCAAACGCAGAGACUCAGCCACGUGAGCGAAUGCAUCGGAUCACCACACUCUACCCAGAGGAUCCUCGCGCACCGUUCUAUAAUCCACAUUCGAGCGAUAUGACACCUCUUGCUCGACUGUACAUACGGCGGGAAAAGGUGAUGGCACGCAGCUGUGAUGAGCAGUUCUUGCAGGCCCAGGUGCUGGAGCUGGCAGAGAACACUGAGGAGGAAACGCGCUCCGAGUGUGCUACCACCGUGUACACCGAUUGGACUCCGUGUUCGGUAACGUGCGGUAAGGGUAUCCGGAUGCGCACACGCGAAUAUCUGCAGCCCGAUGUUGCGGCUGCUGCACGUUGCAAUAGACAGUUGAUUGUGAAGGAGAUGUGUGUAGCGGAAGUGGCCGAAUGUGAGGAAACCGGCGGGGGCGAUGAUGCAGCUAGUGGGGAAGAUGUUGGACAGCUAGCGGCUAGUGUGGAUGAGGCGGGUGAGGGCAUUGGUGUUUGCAGGACGACCCGCUGGAGCGAGUGGUCCGAGUGUUCGGCUAGCUGUGGUAUUGGAGUGACGAUGCGGACGCGUACAUUCGUUGAGCAUAUGGGCCGCAAGAAGUGUCCACACAUCAGUGUUGUUGAAAAACAAAAAUGUAUGCGACCCGACUGUUCCAUUGCCGAUAUGGAAGCACCGGACCCUCUCUGUCCGGUGACCGCCUGGAGCGAUUGGAGUCCUUGCAGUGCAACGUGCGGUAAGGGCGUACAGAUUCGUACCCGUCUGUUACUUCUCGUGCCGGAGGAACAGGAACGCUGCCACAACCGUAUCGAGCUAAACCAGCAGCGACCGUGCACGGAAAAAGCGGACUGUCUGUACGAUACGUUCACCGCAAAGGAGAUCUGCUCGCAACCACCCGAAACGGGCCCUUGCCGUGGUCGGUAUCAACGAUACGCGUACGACACCACCAAAGGUACCUGCGUCCCAUUCUACUACGGUGGAUGCCGAGGCAAUAGGAACAAUUUCCUCACAGCCGAUGACUGCCUGAACACGUGCACGAAGAUGCAGCUGGGGGACGCGAAAACCGAGCGUACCACGACACCCGAUCCGUUCGAGGAACUUCCCGUCGACUGUGUGCUGUCCGAUUGGUCGGAAUGGACUGCCUGUUCCGUUACCUGCGGUACGGGACGUUCGGAACGCGUACGAUCGAUUGUAACACAGCCACGAAAUGGUGGACAGCCUUGUCCACCGCGGAUCGUCAAGCGCCGCAAAUGUACCGGACCACCGUGCAAUUAA